CUUAUCCCUCUCUCUAAAUUCUAUAUUUCUCUUUCUCUUUACAUAUACAUUCCUCUCCUAGCUUGUUGUUGUUUUACUUUUUGUUGCUUUGAAAUUCGGAAGAUCCUUAAAAUAAAUCAAAAUGGAUGUGGAGUACCAAGAGGAGUAUAUUAGGAGUUCAAGAGGGGUGCAACUGUUCACAUGUAGAUGGUUACCACUCUCUUCACCACCCAAAGCACUUGUAUUCCUUUGCCAUGGCUAUGGCAUGGAAUGUAGUGGCUUCAUGAAAGGGUGCGGGACGAGGCUAGCCACCGCUGGAUACGGAGUUCAUGGGAUCGAUUACGAGGGGCACGGGAGGUCCAUGGGAGCUCGAUGCUACAUCAAGAAGUUCGACCACAUCGUCGCCGACUGCGAUCGUUUCUUCAAAUCCAUUUGCGAAUUGGAAGAGAACAGGACGAAGAGUCGGUUUCUGUACGGGGAGUCGAUGGGAGGCGCCGUCGCGCUUCUCCUUCACAGGAAGGAUCCCACCUUCUGGGACGGUGCCGUUCUCGUCGCGCCCAUGUGCAAGAUAUCCGAGAAGGUGAAGCCCCACCCAGUAGUGGUGAACCUUUUGACGCGCGUGGAGGAGAUAAUCCCCAAGUGGAAAAUUGUCCCCACUAAGGACGUAAUCGACUCCGCAUUUAAGGACCCUAUCAAGCGUGAAGAGAUACGAAGCAACAAGCUUAUCUACCAGGAUAAGCCUCGCCUUAAGACCGCGCUUGAGUUGCUCAGAACCAGCAUGGACCUCGAGGACAGCUUAUCCAAGGUGAAGUUGCCGUUCUUUGUGCUUCAUGGCGAGGCCGACACGGUGACCGACCCGGAGGUGAGCCGAGCGUUGUACGAGCGCGCGGGAAGUUCCGACAAGACAAUCAAGCUAUAUCCAGGAAUGUGGCACGGCCUAACCGCCGGCGAGCCCGACGACAAUGUGGAGGCCGUGUUCGCCGACAUCGUAGCGUGGCUCGACCAACAUAGCUGUCGGUGGACCCACGACCGGACACGCUGUCCCGAAAAGCCCGAGCCGGACAUCAUUACCAUCGGUAGCGAUAGCCCUACGUCGCCGGUCAAGACGCGGCGGCCGCGGCAUCGGGUUUUUCUUUGCGGGUGGAAGGGUCGGACGCAGCAUCACUCGGCCAUGUAAAGAGUUCGUGAAAGGGGAAUGUUUUCCGUUGGCAUUUCAUCGAACACUGUGGAAAGGGGGAAAAUAAAAUGUGACGAGAGGAUACAGUAAUAAUAAUAAUAAUAAAAAACAUAAUAAAUUGGUGUGUUGAGCAUUAUAAAA